AUGGGGUUAUUCAGUUCAAGUUGGGAAAGACAAGUUGAUAACAAUUUAUUCGAUUUCAUAGAUGUGGAUCAGUUCAAAAAUACAAAAUUUACAACAGUAUGGAAUUAUCUAUUUAUGAUCGCUGUUUUAUUAUUGAGUAUUGUGUUCUAUUGUGUUGAUAUUUAUACUUGUAUCAAAUUAUUGGCUUUUGAUGAAUGGUCUUCACAAGUGAAACCUUAUCUUUCAUUCAAGAUAUCAAAAUGGUUAUUUGCUGCUUGCAUCAUAUGCUCCAUUGUUUUGUUGAUUUAUGAAUCUGUCAGAGGAUUUCGUGUCCUAAGAACUAAAAACAUUUCAUUGAUCUAUACAAAUACUUUUGCAAAAAAUGCCAAAUCUUUACAAAGUUACAAAUGUUUUUGUGUUUUGAAUGAAAUUAAUCCAAGUUCAGGUUUUGAUAAAAUGGCAUUUUACACUUAUUUCACAUUUCAUGGUUCUAAAAAAUUGUUAUUAGCAGAUAGCCCAAGACAAGUUAUAAAUGCUCUAACGUUAUACUCUGUUUUCAAUGUUAGAUAUGGGUUUUUGGAAACUAUCAAAAAGAUAUCCGUUGAUAGUAGAAAUGAAGCUAUCAUCCUGUACACAAUGACAGUUUCAUUUGCUAUUUGGUUGUUCUUCAUUUUCCAAUUUUUUUUCGCAUUAGUGUUUGCAAUCCCAGUUUUCUAUAGAGUGUUGCAUGUGUUGAAGUUUAAGGCAUUAAGACAGUAUGUUUGUGUUAAAGUUGAUCAUACAGUCAAAAAAUUGGCAAGACAUUAUCAAAAGAAAUCUUUACAAGAAAUCACUUUAGAAAAUCAACAAAGAUAUAAACCAACAUUACCUGAUAUUGAUCCAUUAAAAUUCACACCGUCAUCAUUACCUAAAAAACCUGAAACUUUCACUUCAAUAAGGACAAAUUCAUCAACGACUUUAAGAACAGUUAGUGAAAAUCCAUUUGAUGAUAAACAAAAUCAAUUAUAUGAAAUGACAAACUUCAAAAAUGCAGUUGCGAAACCAUUAUUGGCACAUCAUCAUGAUAAUCCAUCUAUCCAUUCACUCCCAAGACAUUAUGAUUCGUCAUAUUCACUUACAUCAAAACCACAACCAUUAUCAUAUCAAUAUAAUAACUCAACACAUUCAUUACUACAAAGUCGACCAGCUGAUAUCAAUUAUUCAAAUGAUUCUCUAUCAUAUAAAGGUGCAAUACCAUUUAGUCAAGGAAGAAACUAUUCAGGAAGCUCAAAUGAAGGCUCUGUAUUGGAAUAUCCUAAAAGAACAGUGUUUGCAAAUGACUAUGAAGUUCCGGAAACUCAACCUACACAUUAUUCAGAAUCAGAUUUAAGUGAAGACGAUGAUAAACAAGAAUUUAAUGAUAAUGAUAGCCUUGCAUCAUGUAAUUUCACAGAUGGUAAUAAUAGAAAACCUAUUAGACAAAGUUUAUUAAGAAGAGCUCAUGAAAUGGAUUCAGAAGAUUAUACUAGAUUUAAUCCUUCUAAUAAUAGAAGCACUGAUGCUUUACAAAAUCAAAGAUCAAAUAGUAAUAAUUCUGAAGUUCCUGUUUUCCAAAGAUUCCAAGGGCGUAAAGUCUUGAAAUGA